AUGACGAAAUGUUAUCGCGGCAUGACGCUCUCAGGAGAAGGAGACGGCCACACGAUGAAUCCGAGCUGUGCUAGGCACCGACAGAAACGCGGACGCGGGAGGCAAACGCGCCUGGAGCGGCAGAUGCACGGCCUCAAGAAAGGCCUGCAGCAGCUGCGCCCAGCGGAGCGGCGCCAGGCACUCGAGCAGCUGAGCCCGGCGGCGCGCCAAGCACUCUUGCGCUUUAUGACCAAGGACCUCUUUGCUUUGCCCAAGAGGUGCAGUCCAAGGGAAAGAGGCGGAGAGCCAUGCGUGACUCGCCCGGUCAGGCUCCGUGGCGUCCGCCGGGUGCCCACCGGCUUGUUCCAGGCCUCCAUCAGCUUCGCCAACCUGCUGGUGCGCUCGCGCACCGCCAAGUCCGCGGACGCCGCGCUCCGGUUCCACGGCGCCCUCCGGCGCUUCCGGGAGCUCUCCGUCGGUGGAGACGCGAACGGCGGAGACGCGCGGGCGACGGCGCGCUGCGCAGCGCUGCGCCUUGAGGGCGAGCGCUUGCAGGAAGCGUUGGCUGUGGCCUGUGGAGAGGCCGGGCUCCAAGAGGAGGACCUGAGGCCCUCGUACAGCGCCACACUGCGGACUGUCUGGGCACGGGUCGAGAGUCCAACGACCAGCUCCUUGACCAAGGCCUUGGUUUGGUUACAGCGCUUGCGGGCUGCCAAGGGCAGUUGGCCACAGUUGCGCGAGGCGUGGGUCUCGGUCCUACAAGAGGAGCGCCCCGGAGGACCCUUCGGACCCGGCUCUUUGGGCGCCGCUCUGUUCUUCGUCACCCCGCGCGGCCGCGGAGCGGCGCGGGCCAAGUGCGAGGAGCUUGAGACCCCACGACGUGCCGUCAAAGCGAUGAAGGUGAAGAGCCCACGUGACUACACAAUUGCAAUCUCGGCAUGCGCCAGGUCCAAACUAUGGCAGCAAGCACUGGAAUUGUUUCAGGAAAUGUCCAUGGCCAAAGUGGGGCCGGAUGCGAUUAGCUACAAUGCGACCAUCAGUGCAUGUGAGAAGGGCGGGCAAUCCAAGCAAGCUUUGGUGUUGUUUGAAACCAUGCUAAAAGCAAGUGUGCAGCCCAAUGUCUUUAGCUACAGUGCCAUCAUCAGUGCUUGUGAGAAGGGUGGGCAAUGGCAGCAAGCAUUGGCUUUAUUUCAUGCAAUGCCAGCGCAACAGGUACGCCCUAAUGUGUUUUGCUACAGUGCGACCAUCAAUGCCUACAAGAAGGGCGGGCAAUGGGAGAAUGCAUUGAUGUUGUUUGCGGCCAUGCCUGGGGCGAAAGUUGAGCCGGAUAUUUUUAGCUGCAGUGCAGCCAUCAGUUCUUGCGAGAUCGAAGGCAAGUGGGAACAGGCGUUACAGAUACUUAUGGCCAUGCGCAAGGCAAAUCUUCAACUUGAUAUUAUCAGCUAUAGUGCGGCCACAUGUGUUUGUCAUAGGGGUGGGAAAUGGCAAGGGGCAUUGCAGUUGCUUGAGGCUUUGCCAAAUGAAACUCUUAAGCUAGAUGUUGUCAGCUAUAGUGCCACAAUCAGUGCUUGUGAAAAGCGCGGGCAAUGGCAGCGUGCACUGACAUUGUUUGGCAUGUUGGCCGGGGCAAAAGUCCAGCGCAACUCAGUCUGCUACAAUGCGACCAUCAGUGCUUGUGAGAAGGGCGGGCAACUGAAGCAAGCCUUGAUGUUGUUUGAAACCAUGCCAAAGGCAGAUGUUGAACCUGAUGUUUUUAGUUAUAGCGCAACGCUCAGUGCUUGUGAGAAGGGCGGGCAAUGGCAGAAGGCAUUGGCAUUGUUUUAUUCAAUGCCAGAGGAUCAUGUUCAACCUAAUGAAUUUAGCUUCAAUGCUACAAUCAGUGCUUGUGAGAAGGGCGGGCAGUGGCAGGAAGCAUUGAUGUUGUUUGAAGCUAUGUCGGGGGCCAAACUUCAGCUGGAUAUCAUUAGCUUCAAUGCGGCCAUCAGUGCCUGCGAGAAGGGUCAGCAGUGGCCGCAAGCAUUAAAGUUGCUUGAGGACAUGUCCACCGCAAAAGUGCCGCCCAAUGUCAUAACCUACAGCGCAGCAAUCAGCGCUUGCGAAAAUGGGCAGCAGUGGCAGCAGGCGUUAAGGUUGCUAUGUUCUUCCAUGUCAAAGGCAGAAGUUCAGCCCAACGUGUUCAGCUACAAUGCAACUAUCAGUGCUUGUGAGAAGGGCGGGCAAUGGCAGGAAGCGUUGAGGUUGCUCGAGACCAUGCCGAAAGUGCUCCUCCAGCCAGACAUCAUCAGUUAUAACGCAGCCAUCAGUGCCUGUGAGAAGGGGGAGAAAUGGCAGCAAGCUUUUGCUCAAUAUCUUCAGGCAUCCAACGCUCGAGUUCAGCCAGACUGGGUGACCUAUGAAAGCCUUUUGGAGAGUCCAAGAACCUGCCACAGCGAGAUGGGUAGCAGCGUGGCGCUGAAGCGCGUGCUCGCGGAAGCGCGCGUCGACCGCGCACGACAUCCGAAAGGGCGACGGCAGGAGCGAUACAAGGCCCUGCGUGCACAGCUGAAGGUCGCCGUGGCCCUGCAGAACUUCCAGAGGCUGCUGAACCGGAUUCGGCCAGAAGUGUCUGGAUGCCCAGAGCAAGAGAUGAGACCAUCCGAAGUGCCGUACUAG